UCUGGGCAAGUCGAGGGUCCAGGCGACUGUCAACAAGGGGAACCGCAAGCCAUGGGCCAGAGUCAGAGCAGUGGGUCGGGGGGCUCGGGCCAGGGUGGGGACGACAAGAAGGACAAAAAAAAGAAAUAUGAGCCGCCAGUCCCCACACGCGUCGGCAAGAAGAAGAGGAAGAUGAAGGGCCCAGAUGCCGCCAACAAGCUUCCUUUGGUGACGCCACACACUCGCUGCCGCCUCAAGAUGCUGAAGCUGGAGCGCAUCAAGGACUACCUACUCAUGGAGGAGGAGUUUAUCCGUAACCAGGAGACUCUGAGGCCGCAAGAGGAGAAGCAGGAGGAGGAGCGCAGCAAAGUGGACGACCUGCGUGGGACUCCAAUGAGCGUCGGCACCCUGGAGGAGAUCAUCGACGACAACCACGCCAUCGUCUCCACCAGCGUCGGCUCGGAGCACUACGUCUCCAUCCUCUCCUUCGUCGACAAGGACCAGCUCGAGCCUGGCUGUUCCGUCCUCCUCAAUCAUAAGGUCCAUGCGGUGGUGGGGGUGCUGAGUGAUGACACAGACCCCAUGGUGACGGUGAUGAAGCUGGAGAAGGCGCCGCAGGAGACUUACGCCGACAUCGGAGGUCUCGACACUCAAAUUCAGGAGAUCAAGGAGUCGGUGGAGCUGCCCCUGACACACCCCGAGUACUACGAGGAGAUGGGCAUCAAGCCUCCCAAGGGUGUCAUCCUGUAUGGCCAGCCCGGCACUGGCAAGACCCUGCUGGCCAAGGCGGUGGCCAACCAGACCAGUGCAACCUUCCUCAGGGUGGUGGGCUCGGAGCUUAUACAGAAGUACCUGGGCGAUGGACCCAAGUUGGUGCGUGAGCUGUUCCGUGUGGCCGAAGAACACGCCCCCAGUAUUGUCUUCAUUGACGAGAUCGACGCCAUCGGCACCAAGCGUUACGACUCAAACUCAGGCGGCGAGAGGGAGAUCCAACGUACCAUGUUGGAGCUCCUCAACCAGCUGGAUGGCUUCGACUCGCGCGGUGAUGUCAAGGUGAUCAUGGCAACCAACAGGAUCGAAACCCUUGACCCAGCGCUGAUCCGGCCGGGGAGGAUCGACCGCAAGAUUGAGUUCCCGCUGCCGGACGAGAAGACCAAGCGGCGCAUCUUCCAAAUCCACACCUCGAGGAUGACCUUAUCUGAUGAUGUCAACCUCGACGAGCUCAUCAUGGCCAAGGACGACCUCUCGGGGGCAGACAUCAAGGCCAUCUGCACCGAGGCUGGGCUGAUGGCACUAAGGGAGCGGCGAAUGAAGGUCACCAGCGAGGAUUUCAAGAAGUCCAAGGAGAACGUGCUGUACAGGAAGAAGGAGGGGACGCCCGAGGGGCUUUACCUGUAAGGGGCGCCAACAACACCAGUCCCUUCACCUCCUCCCCUCCGCCCUGUUCAGUCCGCUGGUAUCUUUUUUCUAUUUAUGUAACUUUUUAGGUUCAUAGCGAAGUGUUGUAACUGGAAGGCUCAUGUUGGAGUUGAAAUAUACAUGUAAUAAUAAUGUAAA